AGCUGUUUCAUUAAGAGUCUCAUCCAUACCUGGCAUACUAGACAUUGUAUGUUGCAUAUUAGACAUAUUUGAGUGCUCAGGGGAUGAAGAGCUUGUAUUAGUAGUGGCUGAUAUAUUGGUACUAUGUUGAUGCUCAUGCUGAGCAUUUAUAGCUAUUAAAAUAGCUGCAAAACUCAAGAACCUCAAUUUCAUUCUUGAUUGGAUAAGUUGAAGAUCACUCUCGCCUUCUCGCGCGCGUGCGGCGCUUUUAUUAGAUGACGAUGAUGCCCUUAGGCGAUAGAGAAUUAGCAGAUAUUUUAACUAGAGAUAGUCUAGCUGGCAAUAGCAGUAGCACUAAUAAUGCACAGCCUCGUCCGAUCAAUCAGCGUUUCCUGCUCAAUACCCUGAGAAACGUAGAUGAGCAUAAUAGGGGCAAUAGAACGGUUCCAAAAGCUAGUACAUCAUCUAUACCUCUAGCAGAACCUUUAGAUAAAGAUUAUCGUACUUCUGAUAGCAAAUCGUUCGCGGAUUUCACCAAAAAGAAAAGGAAGAGGGACGACAGCACUCAUAAAUCUAGAAAAGGGAAAUCUAAACAACCAAACCCAUUCGAAUCAAAGAUGGAUAAGUAUUUCGAGGCUGAUUACGAUCCUGCCACAGAUAUAAACCUCCCUGAUAACGCAACCGACCAGGAUUUCGAUAGUUGGAAUGUAAUGCUUGAUAACGUCAGAGAGCGCAACAAACUUAAACAGCAAAGAGAAGCUGAACUUUGGGAAGAGGAAAAGAGAAAGGAGCGUGAGCGUGAGAAUAUAAAACUAGGUAGAGAGAAGGCGAAGAUUGCGAAACUGCUCGGUCCAGACGCAGAAAAGGAAUAUCAGAAGCGUAAAAAGGAGGCAAAAAGAGCACGAAAGGAAGAGACAAAAGAGAUGAUUAAAAGUCAAGUAAUCAGUUCAAUUGACAACGAAAGUACGUUAAUGUCUAUGCAAUAUAACAAGAGAGGUACAACAAGGGAGUGGGACGUAGGUAAAAAGUGAUAUCCUCAUAACUUGAAUACAAUUUCCUUCAAAAAGUACUCGUGUAAUCUCUUGUCUUGUGUUAAUUCUGGGUGGAAACUUGUACACAUUUUGUUGAAUUGACGUAAAGCCACAACAUUUCCUUUUGGUGCAAGUUUGUCGUCUAUUGGGUUAUCUAUUAAACUAGCUAAUUCUAUAAUUCCUUUGUCUUGAUCAUAUGAGUGUAAAAUAGGCGCUCUGAUGAAGAUUGCAUUAAAACUUUCAUCCGUAGACAGACAGUUGAACUGUAAAUCUGCUUGAAAAGAUUCAAUCUGGCUACCGUAUUGGUUUCUGUUUACUGUGAUAUCCAUGCCACCGAAUAGCUCUUGACCACCUCUCAUUGUCUUCGUUGCUUCCUUUGAGAGUAAAAUCAUACCGGCACAUGUACCCCAAACGGCUUUAUUUGGGUUAUUACAGAAUGCUCUAAGGGGCUCUAAAAGACCACUUCUUUGUGCCACAAGUGAAAUUGUAGUUGAUUCACCACCAGGAAUGAUUAAUGCAUGACACUUUUCUAAAUCUUCCGGAGUUUUGACUUGCAGAACGGUGGCGUCUGUUAACUGCUUGAGUCUGUGUAUAUGUUCUAUAAAAGCGCCUUGUAAACUCAGAACGCCGAUAGAUUUCCCGGCUGUCAUCUCUCUCUUGUAUACGUCCAAGAUAGUCUGCGUUCAAGAUGGGUGAGUCAUUAGGGAAAAUAAAAAAUCCACCAUAUAUUAAUAGUUAUUUAUUAGCAGAUAGUUCUAAUUUAUUCCAAAACGCUCAACCUUUUGGAGUUGCACCAGGAGAUGAAAGCCACCAUGAGGAGGAGGGCGACGGUUUAGGAGAUCUCCAUCAUUUGCAAGCGGCUGUUAACAUCAAUAGGAGAACGUCUGUAUCAGCUGAAUCUAUAAAGCCUAACAAAGUCACAACAAAAACUAUCAUCCCCAAGUCAGAUCAACAGAAAGCUUUCUUACAGGAAUCACUUAAGAAGAAUUUCCUUUUCAAGAACUUACAAACUGAGCAAUACGAUGACGUUUUAAACGCAAUGAAUAAGAUAAAAGUUACUAAAGGGAAGUGGGUAAUCGAAGAGGGUGAUGACGGAGAUUAUUUCUAUGUCGUCGACUCAGGUGAAUUCUCCGCUUACAUUAGAGUACCUGCAACUUCAAAUGAUUUCGAUAAUGACGUCACUCCACCAGCUUCUUGCCCGAAAGAGUUUAAAUUAAAAAAUGUUUUAGAUUACACCAAGGGGGGUUCUUUCGGUGAGCUAGCUUUGAUGUAUAAUGCUCCAAGAGCUGCAUCUAUCCUAGCCAAAUCCGACAGCGAGUUAUGGUCGGUCGAUAGGCUAACAUUCAGAUCAAUCUUACUUAAUCACACAUACAAUAAACGUAAUUUAUAUGACAAUUUCUUAUCAGAGGUUGAUUUAUUGAAAUCGUUACAUCCUUCUGAACGUUCAAAGAUCGCAGAUGCAUUAGAAUCACGUAGUUAUUCACCAAAUGAGGUUGUUAUCAGUCAAGGUGAUACAGGCGAUGCUUUCUACUUUGUCGAACAAGGUGAAGCUGAUAUCAUCAAAAAUGGUGAAAAAGUAGGAUCAUACAAGAAAGGUGAUUACUUUGGUGAGUUAGCUUUAUUGAAUUCAGCACCAAGAGCAGCAACUGUUAAAGCAUCUGAGAACCAAUCAACUGCCGAAAACCAGUUAAAAGUCGUUGCAUUAGAUGCACCUGCAUUCACGAGAUUAUUAGGACCUGUUAGGGAUAUCAUGGCAAGACAUGCAGAAACUUACUAAAGCAUCCCUCAUCUAACGAUACAAAGACCCACAUUAAUGUGAUAAUCUAACGACUUGUUGUUUUAUUUUAUUUUUGUUAAUAUUAUCUCGAAAUUCUCCCUUUCGUCAUCUCGUCCA